AAAGUGGGUGGCGAUAUGCACACAGGUUGUAACACGCCAAAAAAGUAAAAAAGAAGAAGAGACGCAGUCACACUUGUUGGUACCUGUGCAGGCACAUUUCUGCAAGAUGAAGACUAAAAGCAUGCAGUGCAAAUGGACAGAAUUGUAUGUCCUCGUAUUUGUACUUUCACUUUCACCUCUAUCUGCGUCAGAUGCCUCUGCUUGUCCGCAACAUACCGAAGCGUCUUGUUCUCACUCUUUGUGGUUUCUUUCAACUUACCUUCAGGGAAAAACACAAUUUCCUGAAUUUAGUUGCACAACAUCUUUGGAUGACAUCACAGUUGCAUACUAUAAUUCAACAACAUAUUUUGCAAGAGGGAAUACGACAAAUGAAGAGGAUGUGUUGAAUUCAGAUCACAUAAAGGGUAUAAGUGGCUACAUGUAUAACUCCUUUUUGAGAAGAUCAAAACUGUUAGGGAAAGGCAGACAAAAUGACAAUCUUGAAGUUUAUCAGACACUGGUUUCCUGUGAGCUGCUGGACCUUAACAAGCCUGGACAGAUGAUUAUCAGAGAUGCUGCUAGAGGCUCCACCACAGAUGAGCUGCAUUACUUUAACAACACGUUUACUUAUAAAGUGAUUUUAAAUAUUACACAAGAUGAGCUCAAACCCAAACUGGAAGAAUUUAAGAAGGAAGUUGAAAAUACCUUUUACCCAGUUUGUAUAACAACUCUCAAGAAUUACCUCAAAAAGAGAGAAGAUCAAAUUAAUAGAAAAAUAAAACCCCAAGUCAGACUCAUUCAGAAAGCAAACUCAGAUUCUGGAGGGUUUCGUGUGAGUUGUUUGGCAACAGGAUUUUACCCUCGUCACAUCAACCUGACCCUGUUCAGAGAUGGACAGCCUGUAUCUGAUCAGGAGAUCACUGGAGGAGAUCUGCUGCCCAAUGGUGACGGGACGUACCAGAUGAGGAAGAGUCUGGAGAUCAGUGCAGACAAACACAAUUACACCUGCUCUGCCACACACAUCAGUCUGGACAACAAACUAGACCCCACUUUGGAAUUUGAUCGUGGUGUACCAUUUAAAUCAGUGAUUCUCCCAGUGCUGAUAGUUUUGGCUCUGAUGUUGAUGAUUGGGACUGGAGCCGUCAUAUAUAAAUGCUGGAGGAGACGAGCAGGUAGGACAAGAACUGAAAUGAAUGGUGAAUCAUCCGUGCCUUCAUCAAACUGUGUUUAUUCUGCUGCUCCUAAAUCUGAAGAAAACAUGUAAACAACUUGAAUGAAAGUAAUGUGUUCAGACUGUCAUUAAUGUUAGGCUGUACGGCAGUCGAGACGUGUUGAAGACGACGCACGCAAAAAGACAAAAGAUUCGUCUGGAGUUAUAUAUCAUCAAUACAUGACGCGUUCAGUGAUGUGAGCUGCAUUUACAUGCCGGAUAGAAAUGGUGGCUAGCAAGAAAAGCAUUUAUUGUUUUCUUUUCUUGAAGAGAAAAUGGAAAAACCAAGAUAUGUGUAUGCAGCAAGUGGUGGUUUGUUGUUGUGUCAUUAAUUGCUUCAUCAGGUGCACUCCUAUUGGUCAAAAAUUCUAACACUGACAGAAUUUCAUUGGAGGUAAAAUUUGAUCACAAUGGUCAUUAAUUGUGGUGGAUCCAAAAUGGUCAAUAUUCAUAUUCAUGCAUUUUAUUCAUAUUUCAUGUUAAUCAUUUAUGGCUUAUGAUUUAUCAAUAUUACUUUUGAUUUCAUAUAUUCAUGUACUCCUACUCCAUAUAUUAAUCCUCAUCAUAUUUUCAAGUAUUUACUCUUUAUUGUACUCCUUUAUGGUUAUUAUUCUUUUAUAUUUUAGAGUAUGUAUGUAUAUUCAAUUGUUCUUCAAGGUGUUCCAUGGUGACAGGUCACGUUGAUACGUUUGUGCUUAGAUACUGGACGCCAGCCAAGUACUGCAGAAGCGAUGUUUUCGGAAUUAGUUGCUCAUUUGAACUCGAUGUACCUUUUGUAUCAAAAUAUGUCCAUUUCUAUUUCUGCUCACAUGUGAUAAUGUAAGAUCUGCAAAAUUCCCUUAAGGGGGUCAAAACAUCCCCUAUAUCUAUUUUCAUCUAUUUUUUUGACACUUGACCAGUCUAUGACAUAAUGGAUAAAUUCAUUUGACAUUUUCUGAUUAGAACAAAACAUAAGUUUGAGUGGGAUGUAAGUUUUCCUAUGCUUAUGGUAUAAAAUGGACAUUGAUAGUUUAGCUUUUCCUUUGCUUUUUUUCCUUUGCUUCUCUUUGCUCUUCUGCUUCUUCUCUUCUAUCUCUCAUUUCAUUCUGCAAAUGUCUUAAUUUUGUUCUUUCUUUCUGUAUAUUCUGAUCUUCAUCUAUUAGAUACAAUACUCUGGAUUUUACAAUACUCUAGAUUUUGUUAUUAACUAUUAAUUAAUUAAUUUGUGUGUCUCUAUAAUUUCUAAUUAAUAAAUUUGUUAUUCCUUAUUCAAAUUGAAUCUCUGACAUAAUCAUUGCUGGACGGCCUGGAUCUCAUUUUCUCAAGUUUUUGCAUCAAUUGGCUGUUGGUGAACAUGUGGCGAUCAGAGUCUUCAGAUUUAGGCCCAGGACCAAAGGAAUCUUUUUUGUGUCCCGGUGUAUCCCCCUGUUUUUGAUUCAGUCUUUGUCUGAUCUUGUGUAUGUAACUGUGUAUCAUAGUUUUAUUUCACAUUACCCUGCAAAGUGUUAUUUUGUGCUUGAUUUAAUUGGAAAGAACUGCUUGCAAUUAGAUCCAGCUCUUUUAUUUUCAUCCUUGCUGCAACGACUGCUUUUUUUUUCUUCAAUAAUCACUAAAACAUUUUAUGAGUUGAAAAACAAAUAACUGUAUUUGUAAUAUCUGUAACAUCUUUUCAUUCAUAUAAAGCAUGGCACCUAUUUUUCUCUUCUGUUUCUUCUCUGUUUUUAUUCAUGAUGUUUUACACUUAUUAAUCUCAGUUAAAGUUAUAAUUACUCACACUCAUGUUACAAACCUGAAUCUUUUUUUUUAAAGACAUUUCUUCUAUUUUUUUUCUUUUUCUAAAUCAUUAGGAUGCUGAAAAAUUAUUUAAAGUUUAUUGAAGUUCUGUGAUCUUUUACUAUAUAUUAAUAGAUUAAUGGACAUUUUGGACAGGAUGAUUUUUAUAUACAAAUAUUGAACAGGAUGAUUGUAAACAUUUUUAUACAUAACAUAUUUAAAUGUUUCCCAGAAUACAAAAUACGUAUAUUUUUUUUCCCCUGACAACCAGAUAUACUCAAUGUUCGUCUUCAUUCCCUACUAAACAGAACUUACACUGACACCUGGUGGUGUGGAUGCAGCAUCACCAAACAUUUUCAGCUAUCAACUAACAUCAUCCCGCUUCAUGUAAAAUAAAUCAUCUUUUAUUAGGUUACUGAUAUGAAGGGAGUCUUCACUUCACUGUGAGUGAACAUGGUUUAAACAUUUUUCAGAAGUAUUAUUCAUUGUGUAAAACCAAACAUUUCAUUGUUUAUGAAUAUUUUGACUCAGCAGUCAGUAGCAUUAAUUGAUUUUUUUUAAAAUCUCUAUUAUUUACUUAAUCACUGAGUAUCUUUCUAAAGCAACUUAAAUAGAGCAACAAAAUGAUCAAGUAGUCUUUGAUAUUUGUUUCUCUUUUUCUCUAUGUGGAUUUUUGAAAACAUUUCCUGUUUCAGACUAUACAUAAGUUUAGUAUAGCAAGAAACAUCCCAAGUCAGAUGUUUCUUCCUCCACAACUAUGCCGCUGCUCUGCUGUAACAUAAUAAAUGAGAUUUUACAGGAAAUAAAACUUGCAAGUUGCUUGACUUGUUACAAACCUCCUUCCUGGCCUCAUUCACUGACUGUGGCUGUAGAGAAAUACAACUUUUCACCAGCUUGAGAAUGGCAUGACAUUUUUUUUUUGUUUUUCUGUGUGUGCUGUCAUUCCCCACAGCUGUUUUUACAGGUAGGAUUUGCCUUUAAUCAGGUACUACAAGUUUACCUGUGUGUACAAGUGUACCCAAGUGUAAACAGUUACAGUCAGCAUGUUAAUAUCCCACAAAAAAAAAAAAAAAAAAUUACUGCUUCAGUUUUGUUGUGGGAUCUCAACAUGCUGACUAACUGAAAAUGACUUUAUUACUGUUUCUCACAGGUUGUCACUGCUUGCAGUUCCUUGUAACUUGUAUUAAAAGUGAGGCACCA